GACGAAUAAAAGAAAAUGGUUCGACAUCGACGCAUAUUACUAGCGAAGAAAAAGUUGCUAUUACUAGGAUUACUUCAUGAAGAAGUAAAAAUAAAAAGAAGAUACGGUGUCCAUCCCCUCUGGAAACAGCGAAAGGCUAAAGGACAUUAUCAUAAUUUGAUGAAAGAUAUGAGGAAUAAUCAUUCCUCAUUUUUUAGAAAUUAUUUAAGAAUGGCUCCGUCACUAUUUGAUAAAUUAUUAACGCUGAUAGCUGAUCAAUUACAAAAAUACAGCAAUAAUGAGCCUAUUUCUCCUGGUGAACGUUUAGCUAUUACAUUAAGAUUUUUGGCAACUGGAGACUCCUACAAAUCUUUAGCCUAUGCAUUUUAUGUAGGAUUCUCCACAAUCCAAAAAAUAAUACCAGAGACUUGCCAAGUUAUUUGGGACACACUUAAAGAAAAAUACAUUCCGGAACCUACUGAACAGAUAUGGAGGAAGUCUGCCAUAGAAUUUGAAAGAUUAUGGCAAUUCCCAAAUUGCUGUGGAGCAGUUGAUGGCAAGCAUGUCAACAUUCAGCAGCCUGCAAAUAGUGGCUCUCAAUUUUACAAUUAUAAGGGAACUAACUCCAUUGUAUUGUUAGGUAUUGCUGAUGCACAUUGCAAAUUCUUAGCUGUUGAUGUUGGUGCAUAUGGCUCAUUUUCUGAUGGAGGAGUUCUGAAAGCAUCAGCACUAGGCAAAAAUUUGAAAAAUGGAACAUUGGGGAUACCAAGUUCAAGUAUUCUGCCCAAUUCAAAUACUGUAGCACCACAUGUGUUGAUAGGAGAUGAAGCAUUUCAACUCCGCCCAGAUUUUAUGAGACCAUAUCCUGGUAGACAACUGUCCCCUUUGCAGAGUGUGUUUAAUUAUCGCUUAAGUCGAGCAAGGCGUUGUAUUGAAUGUGCCUUUGGUAUACUUGCCAAUCGAUGGAGAAUUUUUCGAAGACCCAUUGCUUUAGCACCAAAUAAUACAGAUAAAAUAAUAAAGGCAGCUGUUGUGUUACACAAUUAUAUGAUCACUGAGAAUAAUUCAUCAGGUAUAAAAGUACUUAAAUUAUUAACGAAGUGGUUGUCCAACAUUUGUUACAAUAAUUAUUUUUGUUAUAUAUUUAUAGUAUUAAUGUCUUCUAGAUGAAGCAGCAUAUUGCCCAGAAGGAUACAGAGAUUAUUUAGAUCCUAAUGGUGUAUUUUGCGAAGGUUCAUGGCGCACAGAUGAAUUGUGUGAGCAAUGGAAGCCAUUCAAACAAAAUGUAUC